AGCCAUGUAAGAAGGGAGAAAGAAGCGUUCAUCGUGUUUCUCUGGGUUUUCUAUUUUGCACCCACGCUACGACAACAAUACGAAACGGGCGAACCCAUCCACCAAACAAAUAAAACUAAAUUGAAAAAAAAAAUGCCUGUCAGUUCUCUACUCGAGCGCAUGCGCAAGAAGCUCCAGGAGAAGGCGGCGGCAGCGGGUGGAAGCAAAAGCGGACCCGCAGACUCUACGAACGUCGGCAGUUCUAACACUGGCGAGGACGGUGCUCUCUCCAACUCUAACGCCCCUCAAAACAGCAGCAGUAAUUACGCACCACCAGCUAUGCCGCUUCCACCUCCGGUGUUCGCCUCACCGUCCUCCGCUCGCCUUGACUACCGCGACACGGCCAACGACCCCCUCUGUGUGCCCUUCACGGCCGAUAUGGCGGCGCCGAUUCUCACGCAGCUUCUUCACACGUUUUCCCCGACUGAGAUCGAGCCAGCAGAUGCAGCGAAUGCGUCUACGGCACCUGCCUCGACGGACAAACCGUCCGAUGUGCCAAUCGAAUCCGAAAGGGAAAGUCCCACCUCUGCCACAGCACACUUCACCGCUGGCGUGCACGGAGAUGCUCGGUCAGUGCAGCGCAGCACAGCCGUCGUGGACGAGGCGGCGCGGCACCUUCGCGAGUUCCUCGCCGUCGUCGUACACGACGAUACCUCAGCCGCUGAAGCGAGUUCACCGGCUCCUUCCACGACCACCUCUACCACUCCCACCACAAGUCUUUAUGAGGACACUGCGUACGUCAAGGCAUGUGCGUUGGGGCGGGUCGACGUCUCCGGUGCGGUGCGGCCGAUGUGUCGCGAUGUACAGCGCUACAAGCGCGUGGGGUCCAUCUCCCAAGGCGUCUACGGCGUCGUCUUCCGUGCUGUCGCUGCCGACGAUGAUGGCGAUGCGGCGCCGAAUAGCACCGACGAAGUGGCUAAUUCGAAGACUGCGGUGCCGACGACGAACUCCUCCUCGGCCACCCCGUCAUUGCCGCUACGCAAGUCCUAUGCACUGAAGCACAUCAAGAAGAUGUGGCUGGAGGACUCGCAGAUUGGCUUCCCGCCGUACCUCAUGCGCGAGAUAGACCUUCUCUUGCGUUUACGGCACCCGAAUGUGAUGGGGGCACGGGAGCUGGUACUGCUGGACCCCACGCCGCUCCCGCAACCGCGGCCGAUGCUGGCGGUGUCGAUGGGUCCCGCUUCUCACGUUGCGCACUCCCGUCGACGACCUCGUGAGGCCGUCGAUGUGACGGCGGACCACAGUCCAGGCGACGCCUCGUCCGUACCACACCAUCCCAAGCCGAGGAAGGAUUCGCUGACGGCUGCGGCGUCGGACAGCGGCAACAGCGAUGCUGCGUCUGCCCCUGCGCGUCCGCUCGCCGCCGUGGGCGCCGUGGGCGAGACGAAGGAUGUCUUCUUAGUGAUGGACUUCUGCCCGUUUGACUUGACCACCUACAUGCGCCGCUACCGCACCACGCCGACUGGUCAGAUUCCGUACUUUCAUGUCACCUCCCGCAACGCACACCCUGGUGCAGCGGCAAACUACGUGGCGCGUGCGAAGUCGAUCGCGUAUCAACUGUUCAACGCCGUCGCCUUCAUGCACGCCAAUCGUGUGCUACACCGCGACUUGAAGACGUCGAAUGUUCUGCUGGACGAUGACGGCUACGUGAAGGUGUGCGACUUUGGACUUGGCCGGCUGUACCGCGAAGGCCAAAGCCUGACGCCGACGGUGGUGACGUUAAUGUACCGUGCCCCUGAGCUGCACCUUGGCGUGGUCGACUACUCGCACAAGAUGGAUGUGUGGUCGCUCGGCUGCAUCCUGGCCGAGCUAUUUCUCCGCCGCCCCCUCUUCCACGCCUCGACCGACAGCAAUCACCUACUCGCCGUGUGCGACGUCAUCGGCAUCCCCACGGAGGAGACAUUCGCCGGGCUUUAUCACCUGCCGCAGACGAAGGUGAUGAUGCAGUCGCUGCCGCGGUGGAAUCGCGUGUCACGACUCGCCGAUCUCUUCAAGCCGGGUGCCACGAUGUCCACGCCUUCGCACGGCGACAUGCCGGUGGCGGCGGAGGCGGCGCUGCUGCCUGCCGAGGGGCUUGAGCUGUUGCAGUCGAUUUUUCAGUGGAACCCGCGUCGUCGACCCUCUGCGGAGGACGUCCUUCGACAUUCGUUUUUCCACACGGAGCCGCUGCCCUGCGCGCCGGCGGAGCUGAUGCACCCUGUCCCAUGGAAAGACGCGGCACCACCGGCAAGCAGCAGCAGCAGCAACACGACGACCUCCCCCAUCGCUGACUGUGCUCCCGGCCACGGCGAUGACGUCGACGGGGGCUCCGCCAUCAUCGGAGGCAGCUGUCCAAGCAGCAGCCGGAGGAAGAGAUGA